AUGGAGAGCCCGCCGGAGCUGCCGUAUGCCGUGAAGGUCCAGCCGUGGUACAAGCGCGGCUCGACCUACCUGACUGCCCUCACCUUCACCGCCGUCAUCACCCUGACGGUGGUGGUCAUCAUGGGCUUCGUGUCCCUGUUCACUCCCACCCCUACGGUUAUUCUCAUUUCGAUUGACGGCUUCCGCCGCGAGUACCUCACUCGUGGCCUGACUCCCACCAUCGAGGCCCUCGGCUACCAUGGUGCCCGCGCCGAGUACAUGGUCCCCCAGUUCCCCUCCAAGACCUUCCCCAACCAUUAUUCCAUUGUCACCGGCCUGGUUCCCACCACGCAUGGCAUUGUCUCCAACAACUUCUAUGACCCGAACUUCGAUGCCUACUUCAGCAUCUCCGACACCUCGGCCGUUACCGACGCCCGCUGGUGGGGUGGCGAGCCGUUCUGGAACACCGCCGAGAAGAACAAGAUCAAGUCGGCCUGCAUGUUCUGGCCCGGCUCCGAGGCCCCGAUUCAGGACAUGCGUCCGUCCUACUUCGAGCCGUACAACCAUGGGAUGCCUCACACCGAGCGCAUUGACAAGGUCCUGGGCUGGCUGGAUCUGCCCUCGGGCGAGCGCCCCCACUUCAUCACCCUCUACUUCGCGGCUCUCGAUGACGCCGGCCACUCCUACGGGCCGCACUCUCGCCAGGUUAACGAUGCUCUCCGUGACAUCGACACCUCGAUCGAGUACCUGCUGACCGGCCUCAAGGCCCGGCACCUGGUGGACUCGACCAACAUCAUCAUUGUCUCGGACCAUGGCAUGUCGCCGGUGGAGACGGCCCGCUCGAUCUACCUCGACGACCUGGUGGACCUGGACAACUCCGGCAUCGUGGAGAUUGUGGAGUGGUCCCCCCUGACGGUCAUUCGCAUGGGCGAUGACAAGGAGGCCGAGGCGGCCCUCUACCAGCAGCUGGUCCGCGCGUCCGAGGAGGGCGAGGGCGGUCUCGAGGGUGGUGCCCCCUUCCGCGCCUACCGCCCGCACAGCACCGACCCGGCCGAGCUGCCUCCCCGCCAGUGGGCCUACCACUCCAACCCCCGCGUCGGGGAUAUCGUCAUCGUUGCGGACCCCAGCUGGGUGAUUACCUCGCGCGCGCGCGAGAGCGGCCUCGCCACCGCCUCCAUCGAGGAGAUCGAUGCCACUCGUGCUCCCCUGGCUGCCCCGUUCAAGGGCGGUGCUCAUGGCUACGACAACUACUCCGAGGACAUGCACUCGAUCUUCAUUGCCAGCGGCCCUGCCUUCAAGCGCGAGGUCGUGGCCGAUUACUUCCUCAACGUCGAGGUGUACAACCUGCUGGCCUCGAUUUUCGGCCUGAGCGCCGCUCAGACCGCGCCGAACAACGGCACCUACAACUCGCGCAUCUCGCAGCAGAUCCUCAAGUGAGGGCGUGCUCGUGCUCGUGCGUGUGUAUGCCCGGUGGGCAUGUGUUCGCGUGCAUGUGUGUUUUUCCCCCUCUCCCUCCUCUCUCUCUCUCUCUCUC